AUGGCACCAAAAGCCCUCGCCGACCUCACGCCCUACUUCCUCUACCUGCUCCUGACCGCAACCCUCGGCCCUCUCCUCUUCGGCUACCAUCUCGCAGAGCUCAAUGCUCCCCAACAAGUCAUAACAUGCGUCAAGGAGAGCCUAGGCACAUCUACCUUCCAUCGAAUCAAGAACGCCUUGACUCAAACCUCACCCGAAAACGGCGGUCCUCUCCCGCAAUGUCUCCCCAUGAACCCGACCGAGUUCGGCGUCGUGUCGUCCUUCUUCACGCUGGGAGGUCUCAUUGGCGCUCUAUCUGCUGGCCCCGUCACCGCAAAGCAGGGCAGACUGCUGACCAUGAUCUACUCGUCCGCCUUCGCGGUCGUAGGUCCCGCCCUCGAAGCUCCCUCCAUCAAUGUUCCCAUGCUGGCCAUAGGACGACUUGUAUCUGGAGUCGGAGCAGGCGCUGCCACAGUGGUGGUGCCCAUCUACAUCAGCGAGAUUUCCCCACCGAGCAAGAGAGGGUUCUUUGGCGCUUUCACGCAAAUCUUGACCAACUGUGGUAUCCUCAUAACACAGGCGCUUGGGCUGUUCUUGAGCAGAGGGCAACUUUGGAGAAUCAUACUUGCCGUGGGGGGUUUGAUUGGUCUUAUACAAGCUCUGGGACUUGUGCUUGGUGGUCAAGAGAGUCCGAAGUGGUUGGCGGAAAAAGGCAAAACAACUAGUGCGAGGAAAAUAUUACAGAGGAUAAGAGGGGAGAAUGCCAAUGUCGAAGACGAAUUGUCAGGCUGGGCAACAGGAGAUCAAGACGAAGAAGAGGAAAGAUUACUUGCAGCAGGAAACGACGGGAACGAAGACACAAACAGUGGCGCCCCUCGUCUACUGAGAAGACCAAGCCAACAACACCGCCAGAACGUCGGCGUAUUCGGCGUCCUCAAACACCCCGACUACGCGCCCGCCGUCUUCGCCGUCACGAUGAUAAUGGUCGCCCAGCAAUUCACCGGCAUCAACAGCAUCGUCAUGUACGGCGUCGGCCUCCUCUCCGACCUCCUCGCGGCCAACUCCGCCAUCCUCAACGUCCUCGUCGCCGCCGUCAACGUCGUCAUCACCACCUCCUGCGCCCCUCUCUCCGAUCGCUGGGGCCGCAAAACCUGCCUCCUCAUCUCCAUCUCCGGCAUGGGCAUCAGCUCAAUCCUCCUAGCCGCGGGCAUCAUGAACUCCAUCAAAAUCCUCAGCGCCGUCUCCGUCAUCCUCUUCGUCGCCUCCUUCGGCUUCGGCCUCGGCCCUAUCCCAUUCAUCCUCGCCUCCGAGCUCGUCAACACGGAAGCCGUCGGCGCCACGCAGUCCUGGGCGCUGGCAGCCAACUGGAUUGCCACGUUCAUCGUCGCACAAUUCUUCCCACUCAUCAACGAUAAGAUGGGCAAGGGGCAGGUAUACUUCAUCUUUGCGGCGUUUGCGCUCUUGUUUGGGACGUUCAUCACGUGGUGGGUGCCAGAGACCAGGGGGAGGAGGGAUGCAGAUGAGGUUUGGGGACGGAAGAAGGCGCCGGAUCUCGAAGAUUAG